AGAAAAUCAGCUAUCGCGUCCUUAAACGUUUCUAUACAUUCAUAGAAAGACUACGUGAAAAUGUCAGAAAUAUUGAUGUACGAAAUUAAAUUUUACGAAAUAUAUAAAUAAAUAUAUAUUAUUAAAAAAAAGAGUAGUGGAAUUACUUAAAUGUGAAAAUAUGAAGAAAGAAAGAACGGCCGAUAAUAGCCGACCAUAUAAAUUGGAUUUGUAGAAUUAACAAUAGUUCCACUUAGAGAUACAUUAAGACUUGUGAAAUUAAAUGCAAAACAAUGUAGAAUAUACAGAGUAUGUUUAAAUGAUACUUAUGAAGCACCAUUUCAAUAUUUUGAUCCAUUUUUAGAUAUCUGUCAAGGAGAUGGCAAACAACGAUCAUUGGAGUUUUUUUCAAACAUGCAUUUAGCAGCUGCACAAAGAGUUGAUCCAGAUAACAAUGCAGGAGAAUUAGUUGUACAAAUUCCACCAGAUGCUGCACAUUUAGUUGCAGAAGGUAGAAGUUUAAGAAUUAGCAUUGAGUUUUCUUUAGAACAACCUCAAGGUGGAGUGCAUUUUGUUGUACCAAAUUGUGAAGGGACAUUAGCAGAGAGAGGUGCACAUAUGUAUACAUAUAGUUAUGAAAAUUCUUCAAGAUUAUGGUUUCCAUGUGUUGAUAGUUUCGCAGAACCAUGUACUUGGAAGUUAGAAUUUACAGUUGAUGAUUCUAUGACAGCUGUAUCUUGUGGUGAUCUUUUAGAAGUUGUAUAUACUCCAGAUAUGCGCAGAAAAACUUUUCAUUAUGUUCUUAAUACACCAGCAUGUGCACCAAACAUUGCACUUGCAGUUGGACCAUUUGAAAUAUUUGUGGAUCCAUAUAUGCAUGAAGUAACACAUUUUUGCUUACCACAGUUAUUACCAUCACUAAAAGUUUCUGCAAAAUAUAUGCAUGAAGCAUUUGAAUUUUAUGAGGAAACAUUGUCAAAUAGAUAUCCUUAUUCUUGCUAUAAACAAGUUUUCGUAGAUGAGUUAGAUGAAGAUAUAAAUGCAUAUGCUACUAUAAGUAUUCUAAAUACAAAUUUAUUACAUUCAACUGCCAUCAUUGAUCAAGUUUAUAUUACAAAAAAGGCUAUGGCACAAGCAGUUGCAGAACAAUUUUUUGGUUGUUUUAUAUCUAUGCAAAAUUGGUCUGAUACAUGGUUACCUAAAGGUAUUUCAACAUAUUUAACUGGUUUAUAUGCAAAGAAAUGUUUUGGAAAUAACGAAUAUAGAGAAUGGAUACAAUCGGAACUUCAGGAAGUUGUAAAAUAUGAAGAACAGUUUGGUGGCAUAAUAUUAGAUCCUUCUCAACCACCAGCUCCAUUACCUAUCGCAGCUAAUACACCAGCACCUACACCUAGAGCUCCAGAUCCCGGAUUCUAUUUUCCAAUAAGAAAUUUACACACAAUGUCUCCAAAAUAUAUUGAAGUACUUCGUAAAAAAGCACAUUUGGUUAUUAGAAUGCUAGAACAUCGGAUUGGCCAGGAAUUACUUCUACAAGUUUUCAACAAACAGUUAUCUCUUGCUGCUAAUGCUGCACAACAAAAGAUUGAUUCUGGACUUUGGUCUCAUAUGUUAAUUAGUACAAAUGUAUUUACAAAAGCAAUUUUUACUGUAACUGGUAAAGAUAUGGCAGUUUUUAUAGAUCAGUGGGUUAGAACUGGUGGUCAUGCAAAAUUUAGCUUAAGUUUUGUAUUUAAUAGGAAAAGGAAUACCGUAGAAUUAGAAAUUCGACAAGAUACUACAAACCAAAGAGGAAUUCGAAAAUAUGUUGGUCCACUCUUAGUUAAUAUUCAAGAAUUAGAUGGUACUUUUAAACAUACUUUACAAAUCGAAGGUACUGUAGCAAAAGCAGAUAUAACCUGUCACAGUAAAAGUCGUAGAAAUAAAAAAAAGAAAAUCCCGCUAUGUACUGGAGAAGAAGUAGAUAUGGAUCUUUCUGCUAUGGAUGAUUCUCCUGUAUUAUGGAUAAGAUUAGAUCCUGAAAUGACACUUUUGCGUGCAGUUCAAAUUGAACAACCUGAUUAUCAAUGGCAAUAUCAAUUAAGGCAUGAAAGAGAUGUUACCGCACAAUUAGAAGCUAUCGAAGCUUUACAAAAUCAUGCAACACCUGCUACACGAUUAGCAUUAACUGACACUAUAGAAAAUGAACAUUGUUAUUAUAAAGUUAGAUUACGAGCUGCACAUUGUUUAACUAAGGUAGCUAAUGCAAUGGUUGCAACAUGGGCAGGUCCACCAGCAAUGUUAGCCAUAUUUCGAAAAUUAUUUGGUUCGGCUUCGUGCAGGCGGAUAAUCAAACAGAACAAUUUCUCAAAUUUUCAACAUUAUUUUUUGCAAAAGACUAUACCUGUAGCGAUGGCUGGUUUACGUAAUGCUCAUGGUAUAUGUCCGCCAGAAGUUCUAGCUUUCCUGAUGGAUUUAUUUAAAUAUAAUGAUAAUAGUAAAAAUAGAUAUUCAGAUAAUUAUUAUCGAGCUGCAUUAAUUGAAGCGCUUGGAGCUACUGUUACACCUGUAAUUAGCGUUCAACAAGGGACAGCUAUUACUGCUGAAUCUCUAUCAGUUGAUACCAGAGCUAUAUUGGAGGAAGUCACAAGAAAUUUAAAUUUGGAAAAAUUGUUGCCUUGUUAUAAAUAUACAGUUAGCGUUGCUUGUCUUAAAGUCAUACGAAUUUUACAAAAAUUUGGCCAUCUUCCCAGCAACCCUCAUCUUUUCAGAGCAUAUGCUGGAUAUGGACAAUUUAUAGAUGUUAGAAUUGCAGCAUUAGAGGCAUUAGUAGACUUUACUAGAGUAGACGGUAAAUGGGAAGAUUUAGAAUUUUUGUUAGAUAUGAUAGAAAUGGAUCCUCAUCCUGGAGUGCGACACAGAUUAGUAAGACUUAUGGUUGAAAAUCCAUCAUUUGAAAGAGCACAUAAACAUCGUUUAGAUCGCCCUGAAUUGGUCGAUCGUAUAUGGAAUUUAAUUAAUGGUAUGCUCUCUCACGAUCCAAAAAUUCGAUGUGAUCUAGUUGAUUUAUAUUAUACUUUAUAUGGAUCAAAACGACCACUUUGCCUUCCCAUUCCUGAGCUUGCUGCUAUUACUAAACCAAAAAAAGCAGGACCUCCAAGCCCUGAACAAGAUAUAAAACCAAACAUAUCACAUAUAAAACAUGAAUCAUCGGUAGUAGAAAUCGAGAAUACAAGUGGAACAAAUAAAAGGAAACCUUCUCCAAAUAGAGACACUCCAGGUCCUUCUAAUUUGGUAGAUUAUACUUCGGAAGUAAAGCGACAGAAACAGGAUGAUCGUACACCUUCUGUAACUAAUGAUGGAAAAGUAAAAUCAGAGUAUUAUAGUGACAAUUCUGCAUCAUUACCUGGCAUUAUGGGAACGCCAGGACCAAUAGGUUUUGAACCAGGGAUGUUUAAAAAAGAAGGAGAAGAAUAUAAACAAAAAAAUGACGCUGUUAAUAAAAAUAAGAAGAAGAAAAAAGAUAAAAAGAAACAUAAACACAAACAUAAACAUAAACAUGAUCAUAAACACGGUAAAGAUAAAGACAAAAAAGACAAAGACAAAGUUAAGGAGAAAGAGAAAGAUAAAGAAAAAGAUAAGACAAAAGAUUCCUCAAAUUUAAAGGUCAAAGAAGAAACUUUAAGCUCAGCAAGUUCUAGUCUCAGUCCAGAUGCAUCAACUGUUACUAACGAAUUUAUCUUUCCAUAAUAAAAUUAACGUAUUGUAAUUUUUUAAAGCUCUAUAUUAUCAUUUUUAUAUAAUUUAGAAACACAUUUUAAUGCAUCAUGAAUCAGAAUGUUAA